AUGCGAUUCCUGCAAGAUUUUCACUGGAGCCGAUGCUCGUUCGCCGUUGGAUGCGGUGAAAUCCGUAGACGCUCGGAGAGAGAGAGAGAGAGAGAUGGAGAGAGAGGGGGACGGCCAUUCGCCACCUGUCGGGCAAGCAGAAUCCAUGCAAACGAGAAGCCUUCUUCUCAACGAAUGGGCUCUCGCCACCUUUUCGACCACCCCCGCGGCCCCGUCUCCUUCGACGCCACCUCGAGAUUUCCCCUUCCUCGGUCCUUUCGUAUGGCGCCGCGUCGCUUGGGAGGUUGCUUACCUCUCGCUCGUCUCCUCUCCUGGCAGCCCCCAACUUUUUGCAUGGAGCUGCAAAAGCGUUGCGGUCAAGCCUCGGGAGGCCAGUCUUCUUCUUCUUCCUCCAUUGAUUCCCGCGCUCCCUUCUCCCCCUUCUUCCUCCGAGGGCUCUCUUCUUAAUUUCUGUUUCUCAUCUUCUGGUAGGUGAUCUACCUCGCUGACCGACUUAGCCCUGAGAUUGCUGGAGAGAAAGAUCAAGAGCUCCGCCUUGUGAUCCUUCUCCUGGUUUUCGUUUUCUUCACCCGCCGAGUAUUUAGCUGUGGUUCUCCGUUUUCCCCCCGUUCUACUGCUUCUUGGUCGUUUGCCUAGAAGCAGUGGAACUCCCCGAAGCAUUUUUUUUGGUUAUGAUCCUGGGUUAAGAUCCACCGAGAAAUACCUGCCUGGAUUCGCGGCCGAUCAGCCGAUUGCUUUCUUCCUUCAUGUGGUUUUUUCAUCUAUGGAUUCCAUUCCUUUUUGUCAGAUUAUUCCUAUCUUUAUUAUUAUUAUUAUUAUUAUUAUUAUUAUUAUUAUUAUUAUUAUUUCGGGCAGGAUAUCUUGGUGGGUUCGCGUUUUUUCAUUCCCUCGAUCUUCCUUCCUCCUCGAUGCAGCCCCCCGCUUCGACAGUUUGACGCUUUACGGAUGCUAGAUUCUGCUAAAGAAACCCCUUUUUCUCGUGGGAUGAGGUCAGGCGCUUCAUCAUCUCGCUUCCUGUGUGAUUAUCUUGGCCGGAGCCAUUCGCAGUAUUCAUAUUUACCAUGUUGGUUUGAUCGGCGCGAUGUGUAGCGUUGAAGAACUCUUUCCAGGGAAUUCCUCGCCCUCCAAGAUGAAGCUGCAUCUGCGCGUCAUCGCCUCCUGCAUUGUCGUGGUUUUCAUUCUGUAUCAGAUCACAAACUUCCAGUAUCUACACACAAAGGUGGUCAACAUCGAACGCGUUCGUUCUUCUCCAUCCUUUACAGAUCUUUGCAGUUGGUUUCCUUGUUGCUUCGGAUGUCCUUAGCUGAUCCAUCUCUCCAUGCUGCAGAUAGAAACGAAACUACAUCCGUUCGUCUCGUCGAUGGUAAUAAUCUUCCUUGUUGGUUUCCUUUUUAGCCUUUUUCUCCGUAUAUUUUCUAUAAUUGUGGGGGAAUCGUUUUGUGCAGGAUUAGUUGUGUUCUAAUUGGUUCCUUUCAUUUUGGGCUUCUUCUCCCUCAUCUUGAUUUCUCUUGAGGAAAAAAAAACCUUGUCGGUCUUGCUCAGGAAUCACACUCAGCCUCAACCAAGAUCGAUUAUCUACCGCGUGGCAUAGUGCAGGCAAGUUCAGACAUGGAGCUGAAGCCUCUGUGGCCGACAAAGAGACCAACUCUGAAGGUUCCUGUCCUACCUGGAUGCAUAUAUAUAUAUAUAUAUAUUCAUAUCAAUUUCAUAUUUCCCCGCGGUUUUAGUAAUCUCUGUUGAACUGAGCUUCAAAGAGAAUCCCGUUGCUGAGGGAGAAGCGAUCCACAUACCAAUAUUCCGUAGUAUCCACUGAUCGUCUCGUCCCUUUGAUUUUCAUAAUCCAUGUUGGUUUGGUGAGGAUGUUUUCAGAGCGUGAAGGCUAUCUGCAGGAUGAUGAUGAAGGCGACGAUGGGCGGGGCUUGGGUCCUCGGAACCUGCUGGCGAUGUCUGCGGGGCUCGAGCAGAGGGGGAGCGUGGAUCUUAUCGUGAGAAAGGUAUCGCCUUUUUUCCUCUCCAGGGCUCGCGUCCUCUAUUCAUCAUCUUACUCCUCGCUGCAGUUCCUUCCAGAGAACUUUACGGUCAUUCUUUUCCACUACGACGGCAACGUCGAUGCCUGGCGCGAUCUCCACUGGUCCACCUCAGCUAUCCACGUAUCCGCUCUUAAUCAGACGAAGUGGUCUGCAUUAUUGUGAUUACUAUCAUUAUUAUUAUGAUUAUGAUUAUUAUUAUUGUUGUUGUUGUUUUGGAGGUGUUCCCAGAGGGAAUUGAUAUUGAUGAUGCGUGCUGUUGACUUUCAGGUGGUUUGCCAAACGCUUCCUUCACCCGGAUGUGGUAUCGAUCUACGAUUACAUCUUCCUCUGGGAUGAAGAUCUCGGAGUGGAGAACUUCCACCCUGGAAGGUUCUGGCGUUGACCCAUCCCUCUCUCAGCAUUUUCUCUCGCUUACAUGUGCUCCAUUAUUUUCUAAUUGAUGUGAUCGCUUUGCAACUAAAAACAUCCUCUCUCUCUCUCUCUCUCUCUCUCUCUGCCUCUCUUUCUCGUUCCCUCUCUCUCUCUCUCUCUCUCUCUCUCUCUCUCGCUCUCUCUCUCUCGCUCUGCCUCUCUCUCUUCUCUCUCUGCCUCUCUUUCUCGUUCCCUCUCUCUCUCUCUCUCUCUCUCUCUCUGCCUGCCUCUCUCUCUCCGCAACAGGCCACUAUACUUGAUACUCUUCUUCAUAUGACUGCCGGUCGAAUUGUUUUUAUCUAAUUGCUUUUGGGACUGAUGACGGAGUGGACUUGGGCUGAGGGGAGGAGCUUCCCUUUCAGGUACCUGAACGUGGUGAAGUCAGAAGGCCUGGAGAUAUCUCAGCCGGCUCUGGACCCUCGACGGUCAGAAAUACAUCACAAGAUUACCACCCGCAAAGAGGGUCUCCUGGUCCACAGGUGCGUGCCCUGGUCAAACUAAAGCCCCGGUUUUUUCCCUUCUCUGACACUAAGCAUUGACACGUGUCAUUCACCCAGGAAGGUCCAAGACAACGUGAGGUGCCCAGACAGCGAGGCGCCCCCAUGCACGGGGUAUCUAUCUAUCCAAUGCAGACGAUAAGCCUAUCUAUCCUCGUUGAUGUUCUCUGGUUUUCCAGCCUUCUGCUCGCAGAUGGAAUGACGAUGUGGUGUAGGGCCUCGUUUCUUUCUUCCUUCUUCUCUCAUCUUCUAAGCUUCUGCUAGGUGGGUGGAGGGGAUGGCGCCCGUCUUCUCCAGGUCUGCAUGGCGCUGCGCCUGGCAUCUCAUCCAGGUGUAUGUCUUGCAUCGCCUAAGUUUGACUUACCAAAUCAGGGAAAAUAUCAUUUGGGAGCUGGGUAGCCUCUCGACAUCUGAAAAAUAUUCCAACCUGGUCAGGACGAUCGUCAAUGGAGAGAAGUUGGAGAGUAUUUGCAUUAAAUUAAGUUCCGAAAUAGGAGGAUUAUUUUUGAAGGGUCUGGAGCUGAAAUUAGAAUGAACUGCGAGCGUUGACCCAUUUCAUGUUGACAGAACGAUCUCAUCCAUGGGUGGGGGAUGGACAUGAAGCUCGGCUACUGCGCCCAGGUAGAUGAUCCCAUGCUGAAUGGAGAAGUAACCCCAAGUCCGCGGUUGUUGCAAUGGAAACCCUACCCUAAUGAAAAGUUCUGUUUGCAGGGCGAUCGGAGGAAGAAGGUGGGGGUCGUCGACAGUGAGUUCGUUGUCCACUGGGGAAUACGGACGUUGGGCGGAUCUUCCAGCUCGGCUCCGAAGAGGGUCUCUCUCUCUCUCUCUCGCUGGGUUCUGCGGUUUGCAGCUCCGCCUUCGCAACUGAGACGCUUCCUCUUAGUUGCAGACAUCCGAAGCCACCGGCAUGACCGGAGCUCUGAACAAGGUUCUCUCUCUCUCUCUCUCUCUCUCUCUGGGUCAAGUGUCCUCAUGGUUUUGGUUCGUCACAGAUUCGUGGGAUGUCGAGAGGCGACGUGAGAGUGGAGGUGAGCUUUUUGUUUUGCGAUUGGGGGACGAUGGAGAUCAUUACUUCAAGUCUUGUGUUCUGACGUAUCCGUGUGGCAGAGCCGGCGGCGGGCGAAGUCAGAGCUCCGGAUCUUCCAGGAUCGCUGGGACGAGGCGGCGAGGGAAGACCCGGGAUGGGUUGACCCCUUCCGCCACACUAGUAGCAGAAGGAGACGCCAGCGCCGCCGCCAGUCGCCGCCGGAUUCAGCAGCGGAAGAAGAAGAGCCAACAAAAGCGGCCAAGGAGAUUUAA